CUCAUGAAUAUUUAGUUAAAUAUUCAAAAUAUAAAGAAAACUAUUAUGCAGACAAUAAUAAACUAUUUUGUAAAUAUUGUUCACAUGUUGUGAAUCAUCAAAGAAAAUCUGUAAUAGAUGAACACUUACGAACUCAAGCUCACAUCAAUAAAAAGCAAGCUUCAAUUAAUAAUAAUAAUAAUUCUCGUCAAGUAACUUUACCAACAUGCCAACGGAAAAUAACUGAAAAACAAAAAAUUAAUUAUGAAUUAGUUAAAGCAUUUGCUUUGGCAGAUAUACCACUUGAAAAAGCAGAAAAACUAAAACCUUUUCUAAAAAAUAAUUGUCAAAAUGGUGGAUCAAUAGUUGGUGCAAAUCAAUUACGUGAGAGAUAUUUGCCUGAAGUUUUUGAAUCUGAAAUUAAUAAUUUAAAAUUAUUAUUUAAUGAUAAUUACAUCUCAAUCACAAUUGAUGAAACAACUGACAGCUGUGGAAGAAGUGCAGUUAAUGUUUUAUUUAGUAUUAAAAAUUUAACCAAAUUAGUCAGAGUUGAUUUUCUUGAGAAAGUUAACCAUACAACUAUUGCACAACUUGUGGUUUCUACAUUGUCAAUUUACAACAUUCCAUUCCAUAAUAUAAUUUUCUUCAUUAGUGACAAUGCAAGUUACAUGAAAAAAGCCUACACUGAUAUUCUUCUACCUUUAAUUCCAAAUUUAAUCCAUAAUUGUUGCAUUGCUCAUAUUUAUAACUUGGUUGGAGAAACAUGGUCAGAUUUCAGAGAGUUUACCAUUGUCAAUGAUGUAGUUAAAAACAUUAAGAAGGCAUUUGUUUAUUCUAGUGCUAGAAAAAGAAGGUGGCAAUCAGUAAUAGAUGAUAGUAGUAAGGCAAUUAAAGACCUUGUUGUAUUAUUUGGUGAUCAGAAUAAUAUAGUUUAUUUAGAAAUUGUAACUUUAUUUGUUACAGAUAUUGAAUUUUUUGAAUCAAGGAAUAAACCAUUGGCUCCUUAUGUAGCAUCAAGAUUAGAUCAAACAAGAGCUAUGUUAAAUAAUGGUGUUAAUAAUCCACCAUUUAGCAAUGAAAUGUUAAACAAAUUACAAAAUAAUCAAAUUCAUUUCAACUAUUUUAAAAAUAUUUUUUCAGAAGCAUAUAAAGUUGCUUUAAAAAAAUUUGAGAAACACAUUGAUAAUCACUCAGCAAUCAAUCUAUUUCGAGCUAUAAGAUGUUUUAACCCUCAGUAUUUAAAAUCUUCUAAUUCACAUCAUGACAUGAGCUUAUAUAACACUAUACCUGGAUUUAGUAACCCAUCAGAUGAUUUAAUAGCAGAAUGGUGUAUUUAUUGUG